AAAAUAAUUCCACUUGAAACUCCAUAUUUACUACUGGAAAGUCCCCACCGGUGAAACGUCUCAGUGUGUUUGUGAUUUGCAUGGUUAAGAACAUCAGCAGUAUUUCUCCUCUUCUUUACAGCACUUGAAGUAAGAGCAGAGAUGUGGCACAGCUCUGUCAUCAUCAUCGGCUGAACGCAUGAACAAGAUUCAAAUCUCUAUUUCUGAUGCAUGCGCCAGCUCAUGAGUGACUCGAGACAAAACGGAUCCGGCAUUUGAUUGGCUGAAAAAGCGCUACGUGGACAUCGAGCAGCAACAGGUAGAGCGCAUGUGACCGUUAUCAUUUCAUUCUGACUGCGGCGGUCAGCUCGACAACAGCGCUCGCAGUGACGCUCUUAUCGUUUAAACUCGUCACUUUGAGUUUGGCGGAGGUUCACUUUGAGGGCCCAACACCAGGGUGUGGGUGAGUGAAGCAUGAAGUCCAAAGGAAAGGGGUCAAAACGGAACGGUCAAUCUUGGGCAGAGCAGGAUGACCCAGACUUUACGCUGGAAACGGAGCCAGGUUCCAGCGAGCAGGAGGGUUCAGAGGCGUCCUUGAGGCUCGACCGGACGUGGAGGGCACGGAGGAGCGACGGCGGCUCACGAGCGGGCACGCGCCGCAGGCGACACAACGGCAGCGCCAAGGAGCGCAACGUGCGCAGGCUGGAGAGUAACGAGAGGGAAAGGCAGAGGAUGCACACACUCAACAACGCCUUUCAGAACCUGCGCGAGGCCAUCCCUCACGUCAAAACAGACAAGAAACUUUCUAAGAUCGAGACUCUGACGCUGGCCAAGAAUUACAUCAAGUCGUUGACCACCAAUCUGGGCAUGUCUAGCGCGUGCCUGCCUCACGAGAAGCAGGAGAGUAACGCCUCUCGUCUCCUGCAGUGUUAUCAGCAGCAUCUGGAGGAGGAGGGCGAGGAGGAUCUCUCCAGCUACCUGAAAACUAUUCACACCUUCAGCCAGGGCAGCUGACAC